AUGUUUCCAACUUUCAUUAGCAUCCUAGAUAUUCAAUCAUGGUGGGAGGUACCGAGCAUCGCGCACUUUUGUUCGUUGUUUCGAACCGCCUUUAAUCUCUUAGAUUUCGACAUAGAGGAUUUAGAAGAAGCCCUGCUCACCGACGGCACGGAAGAAUCCUCCUGGCUGCAGGACCUCAUCGUACGAUUGCUCAGCGGCUGCCUGCCCGACAAUGAAAUCUCCACGUUCAACUACCAGAUGUUCCUGAGACGUUUGUUCCGCCAGAAAUGCCAGGAACACGAUCUCUACAAUCCCUUUAACACCGACAUCGACUUCCAGCUGUUGCCGCUUCGCACCAAAGUCGACAUCUUGCACGCCCUCUGCGACUUUCGCCUCGACGCCGAAGACGUGCUCGAGCGGCUCAGGAACCUCGAAGCGGACAGCCUGCGCGUGGAACCCUUGGGUUACGACGGUAAUGACUCCGCCUAUUGGUACUUCUACGGCACCAGAUUGUACAGGGAGGACUACACGACGAGGAACAACAAGAAGAAGGCCGUGUGGCAAGUGAUCUGCUUCACCGAGGCCGAUUGGUUGCAGCUCACCAAGAAGCUGAGGCGGUCCGAGGACGGGGCCGAGCGUCGGUUGCAUCUGACGCUGAGCGAGAACUUCCUGCCGGAGUUGCCGCGUCUGUUCAAGGAGAAGGAGAACCUGGCCAGGAAGCGGUUGCUGGAGAACCUGCCGAGGAGGACGUCGGGGCGGUUGAAGAAGAACGAGGCCGAUCAUGAGAAGGAGGUGGAGAAGAAAGAUAACAACGUGAAAGGCGGCGGUGGAGGAGGCGAGGAGAAAUCGAAACGGGAGAAAGAAGAAGAAGAAGAGGAGGCGAAGAGGAGAGAUUUGGAAACGAGACGACAGGAGGCGUACGAGAGACGGAGCAAAUUGAAAGAGAAAGCGAGAGAGGACGAUGAGAAUGUAGAGUACGAAUCGUCGGACAAGAUGUCGAACACUCGUAGCAAAAAAUCCAAAACUAAAGAGAAGACAAACUUUAAAGAUGAAAAAUCAUCGAAGAACUCGAAGCACAACAAAAAACGCGAUCGACAACAACAACAACAACAACAACAAGAACAACAACAACAGAGCGAUAGCGAAACGACGACGGGCAACAAAUUGGCGACGUCGAAACCUUUGUCGAUCGGUCGUCAAACGAACAAUUCCCUUUCGGCCGUUACCGGUCAAAUUCUCAUCGAACCGCCGAAGAAUCACAACAAGAAGAAAUUGAAAACUUCGCAAGUGUUCCGACAGACCGACGAGGACCUUCGCACCGGCAUGCACAAGAUCCUCGAUUCGGUGAAAAACCACGAGGACGCCUGGCCAUUCACCGAUCCCGUCGAAGAGGAGUACGCCCCGAAUUACUAUUCGAUCGUCAGGAAACCCAUGGACCUCCAAAGGAUGGAGGAACGUUUGGAUGCCGCCUAUUACAAGACGUUCGAUAAGUUCCGAUCGGAUUUCCAGCUGAUCGUGGACAAUUGUAAAUUGUACAAUGGCGCCGAGAACGAAUACACCGAAAUGGUGGACAAUCUCCUGCGCGCCUUCGAAAAGGCCACCGUCAAAUACUUGGAUCAAGCCACCUCGUCCGACGACGAAAUCGCCAUCGAAUUCCACUCGAAAUCGAACGAAAAACGGGCGAAAAAACCCGAAGACGAGCCCGCUAACGCCGCGCAGGCGCGUCGCAAACCCACUUUGGCCGCGCAAACGGACAGGAAAAGGCACCGAUCCGAUUCGGAGGAUUCCUUCGAAGACGACGUGGCUGUUCGCCCGGCCCCGACGAGGCCGAACAAGCUCAGGAAACGAGACCGAUCCGACGCCGCGGCGGAGGCGGCUCGGAAAAUCGCCAUCGCCGCCUCCAACGACAAAUCUGGUAGCUCUAAUAAGCCUUCGGGCGGUGGCAAAAAAACGAAGAAAAUCAAGUCGCCGGCGAAAGAGAAACCGCCGGCGCAAUCGACGAAGUCGAAGGUCAAAUCGAAGAAGGCCGGCAAACGAGAGAAAGAGAAAGAUAAAGAGAAAGAGAAGGAGAAAGAGAAAGAGAAGGAGAAAGAGAAAGAGAGGGAUAGGGAUAAGGAGAGGAAGAAGAAGACGAAGGGGAGGAGCGCGAGUUCGAGUCCGCCGCCGUCGAGCGACAGCCCGCCCCCGUCGAGUCCCGAGGGGCGGUUCGAUUUCUGCCCUAAGGGGUUGGGGGGCAGGCGGAGGCGGUUCGGCGAGUUCGAAGACGGCUAUGACGACGACUCGUCGAAGGAACGUGAGUAUUGCGAUAUGUUUUUAUUUUUUUUUUUUUAUGUUACGAGGGCGGGGUAAAGAGUUGUCGGUUCGAUAUGCGAGGAGAGGAAUGGGGGGGGAACCAUUUAUAAGGCUUUAGAAGCGUUUGGAAUCGUUUAGAAUCAUUUAGAACGCUCCAGAAUCAUUUAGAAUGCAUCAGAUUCAUUUCGAACGGUUUAUAAUCAUUUGGAACUGUCUAG